UUACGCGCCUGAAUGAUGUGUGCACAUGCGCCGCUAUGUUUUGAAACGCCGGAUGACCCAGACUUUCUUUUCCCGUCGUUUUAUUUGUAUUUUCUGCACAAUUGCCAUGCAUGUAUUCGUGACGCACCGGUUGCACAGAUAACAGCUGAAGUGCGAGCAUGCCGAAGUCGCUGAAAAAGUCGUGCACCACUCAGACCUCCAUCAGCAGCUACUUCGGAGGGCUGAGCGGCGGCAGCGCGUCUAAAACCCAGCCUGGGAUUAACAAAAAUCCUGCUGCGCACCAGCCCUCUAAAGGCAAGCAGAAGCUCUCCUCUGAUGAUGAUUUUGGGUUGCCAAGCAAACGAACCAAGCUGUCCCACCGAGGACAGGAGGGGGAGGACAUGGACUGUGGGACUGUACCCUGUCAGAGCACUAAAGAGACCAAGGUACCUUCGUUUCGAGGAGCAGGUGGCCUCUGCUCCUCCACCCUGGAGAGGCUGAAGGCCUUCACCUGUGCAGCUGAGCCUGGUGCCACAGACAGUGGGAGUCACAGGGAGGAAAAGGAGACUGAUGCUGAUGGCAACAAAGUGUGUAAUCGAGGGAGUACUGCCUGGCUUUCUCAUGACGUUAAAGAUCAACACAACAAUAACACGAGACCUCAACAGAAAGAGGAGGAGCAGAGUGAUGAAGAUGAAGAGGUCAAGGAGAAGCAGGGCUCAGUUCCAAAACAGGGGCUUAGCCUGACUCAGUUUGCCAAGCCAGGAGGUGGAGGAGGAGGAAGAGGUGCAGAACAGAGUCCUCACUCUGACGCUAGCGCCCCCUCUAGGCGCUCUAAGAGUGUGUUCACUCCUUUGGAGCAGCAGGUCAUCCAACUCAAACAGCAACAUAAAGACGCCUUGCUGGCCGUGGAGUGUGGAUACAAGUACAGGUUCUUUGGAGAGGAUGCAGAGAUAGCUGCAAAGGAGCUGAACAUUGUUUGUCAUCUGGAUCAUAAUUUCAUGACAUGCAGCAUCCCUACACACCGCCUGUUUGUUCACGUAAGACGGCUGGUGUCCCAUGGACACAAGGUUGGUGUGGUGAAGCAGACAGAGACGUCGGCGAUUAAGGCCUCGGGGGCCAAUAAGAACGCUCUGUUCACUCGUCAGCUCAGCGCUCUCUACACCAAGUCUACUCUGGUGGGCGAGGAUGUGAACCCGGUCUGCAGCUUGGGAGAAGUGGAGGAGGGGUCCUGCGAUGACGUGGUGUCAGACCCUCCUGACAGCUACCUCCUGUGUAUCAGUGAGAACUGGGACAAACUAGGGAAGCAGCUCACCAUUGGGCUGGUGGCAGUUCAACCCAGCACAGGUGACGUGCUGUUGGACUGUUUCCCCGACAGUCUAUCUCGUGCCGAGCUGGAGGGCCGAAUCCUAAAGGUCAACCCCGUGGAGAUCCUGGUGCCCUCUGACCUCUCCGACCACACCCACAGACUCCUGCAGAGCAUCGCCAGUGCCAGUGUGCAGGCUGAUGACCGAGUGCGUGUCGAGAAGAGGGACAGCGCUCAGUUUGAGUUUGCCUCUGCAAUGAACACAGUCACCGAGUUUUACUGCCAUACCCAGGACACAGGCUCCCGGUCAUUGUCCAGUGUAGCGUCACUGGAGAGCGCUGUGAUCUGCUGUCUUGGGCCUCUCAUCCAGUACCUCCGAGAGUUCAAUUUGGAAAGAGUUCUGUUGAGUGACAGCUCCUUCCGGCGUCUGUCCUGUGAGUUGGAGGGUAUGAAACUCAGUGCCACCACCCUUAGGAACCUGGAAAUCCUCACCAACCAGACAGAUGGAGGUGUGAAAGGCAGCCUGCUGUGGGUGUUGGACCACACACGCACUUCGUUUGGGAGGAGGCUGCUGAGGAAGUGGGUGAGCCAGCCUCUCACAGACCCACAGUCUAUCAGAGACAGGCAGGAUGCAGUGCAAGAGAUCCUGGAGUCGGACUCUGUCACCUUAAGCUCCAUCAGGUCCCUGCUGUCCCAUUUGCCCGACCUGGAGAGAGGCAUCUGCAGCAUAUAUCACAAAAAGUGCUCCACCCAGGAGUUUUACCUCAUCACCAGCAGUCUCUCUCGCCUGGGUUUGGAGCUCCAGGCCCUGCUGCCAGCCAUCCAGUCACAGCUCAGCUCUUUGCUGCUCCAAACACUCCUGUUGGACACUCCUGACCUUUUGUGCCCCGCCCACAACUUCCUCAAGGUGCUCAAUGAAAAGGCUGCCAAGUCAGGGGAUAAGACGGAGCUGUUCUCGGAUCUGUCCAGCUUCCCGGUGCUGCAGGAAAGGAGGCAGCAGAUCCAGACUGUCCUCAACGACAUCCAAGAUCACCGCAAAGAUAUCCGACUCGCACUCAGGGCCCCCACACUGGACUAUACUACUGUUUCUGGACAGGAGUUUCUGAUUGAGGUGAAAAACUCCAUGUCUUCCGUUGUUCCGCCUGACUGGGUCAAAAUCAGCAGCACCAAGGCGGUCAGCAGGUAUCACUCUCCUUUCCUGGUGGAGCAGUACAGGAAGCUGCUGCAGCUCAGAGAGCAGCUUCAACUGGACUGCCAGAGGGAGUGGACCAAUUUUCUACAUCAGUUUGGGGAGCACUAUCACACCAUGAAAAGGGCCAUUAGUCACCUAGCAACCAUGGACUGCCUCUUCUCAUUGGCCGCUGUGGCGAAACAAGGGGACUACUGCAGGCCAGAGAUCUGUGAAAAUGAGCGUCAGAUUGUGAUCAGGGAUGGCAGACACCCCGCUAUAGAUUUACUGAUGGGAGAGCACAACCAGUAUGUACCCAACCAUACUGAUCUACAGGGGGAAGGCAGGAGAACCAUGAUAGUAACUGGUCCUAACAUGGGGGGUAAGAGCUCCUACAUCCGUCAGGUGGCCCUGGUGUGUGUUAUGGCCCAGAUGGGCUCCUAUGUCCCGGCUUCUGAGGCUCAGCUGGGCAUACUGGAUGGCAUACACACAAGGAUGGGGGCGUCGGACAACAUCUACAAAGGGCGCAGCACCUUCAUGGAGGAGCUGACGGAGGCCUCAGAGAUCAUCGCCCGGGCAACCGAGCGCUCGUUGGUCAUCCUGGAUGAACUGGGGCGGGGCACGAGCACCCACGAUGGGAUAGCCAUCGCCUAUGCCACCCUGGAGUACUUCAUCAGAGAUGUCAAGGCCCUCACCUUGUUUGUGACCCAUUACCCUCCUUUGUGUGAGCUGGAGCGAGUGUAUCCGCAACACGUGGCCAACUACCACAUGGCUUUUCUACUCAAUGAACCUGACAUCGCCACUGACACUGAAGAUGGCGAGGUUCAACCGGAGUUCAUCACCUUCCUCUACCAGUUAACUGAAGGUGCUGCAGGGCGGAGCUAUGGACUGAAUGUUGCACGAUUGGCUGAUAUCCCAGAUCCUAUAUUACACACUGCUGCACGCAAAGCCCGAGAGCUGGAGAGCACGGUCAAUGCCAGGAGGAAGAACAAGACUCUUCUUUUUGAGCUUUGGAAAAUCACAGACAAAUCAUCACUGAUGGACUGGAUGCAAUCAAACUCCUGACAACGCUGCACCACCACCCAUCACCAACACAACACAAACGUACACACAUGAAUUAGCAGAUCCAUAAUUGAACACACACGUGCGCACAUUCAUAUACACACUUCAGUGUACAGGAUUAACAUGCUCAUAGAAGUGCAAACUUGUGGCAUGUAAGAGUCAGUACUGACUGAUGAUUGUGUGUGUGUCCGUGUUUGAGAGUGAGAUUUUUUAACCAUCUCAGGAUUUGCACAUGUCGUGUUGUGUAUUAAUACCUAAUUGACUGACAAUAAUUUCGCACAGCCUAAUGCAGAUUUAACCUACCGGACUGUAUGUGCCAGUGUGUGCUUUUUGGUGAAAAAUAAAGAAAAAAGACAAACUUG